GAACUUCCGCUGUGACUGUGGAAACAGCAAGUUCAAAAAUCUGCAGUGCAAGUUGCUCCCAGAAAAAGUCAAGGUGAAUUCAGGAAAUAAGUAUAAUGACAAUUUCUAUGGAUUAUACUGUACCUGUAAAAGACCUUAUCCUGAUCCUGAAGAUGAGAUUCCAGACGAGAUGAUCCAGUGCAUAGUUUGUGAAGACUGGUUCCAUGGAAGGCAUCUUGGUGCAGUUCCCCCUGAAAGUGGAGACUUCCACGAAAUGAUAUGUCAAGCCUGCAUGAACCGCUGCCGCUUCCUGUGGGCCUAUGCCUCACAAUUAGCAGUUCCCCCUUUGACCAAAGUAAACACCCUUGAGGAUGAAGGGAUUGUCCUGAAGGUUGAGGAAAGUGAAGAGGAGAAAAAAGAAAUUAAAAAAGAAAGUGGAGCGGAACACCAAGAAACGAAGGAGGAAAAGCAAAUGGAACAGUUUAAUGAACCAUCCACUAGCUCUGCGUCUGCCUGCCCAGAGGUAGUUACGAAGAGUGAGGCGCCAGUCUGCAAGCUGAAAGAACUCCAGAGCAAGCAGUUUUUAAUAAAAAAUACUGCCACCUUUUGGCCGUCCAACUGGAGAAGCAAGUUAUGCACCUGUGAAGACUGUUUGAAAAUGUAUUCAGAGCUUGAGGUCCAGUUCCUGACAGAUGAAUGUGACACUGUCUUGGCUUAUGAAAAUAAAGGUACCAGCGACCAAGAAACAGAGAGGAGAGAUCCUUUAAUGGACACCCUUAACAGCAUGAACAGAGUCCAACAAGUGGAACUCAUCUGUGAGUACAACGAUUUGAAGACAGAACUGACUGACUAUCUCAGGAGGUUUGCAGAUGAGGGAACGGUGGUUAAAAGAGAAGACAUUCAGCACUUCUUUGAAGAAUUUCAGUCACGGAAAAGACGACGGACUAACCGGAUGCAGUACUACUGUAGUUAGACUGAGGCAGUUUGGGUCGGAAAGAACAACUGGGAAAACAAUAUUCCCUGGCAAACAGAAGGGGCUUCUUCAGCAUCUGGCUUCUCAUUGAAACGCAGCUGUCCAAGAAACGUCUUAAUUUUGUCUCAUCCUUCCUACUUCCUUUCCCUGUAGCGACUGGAGCGCGUUCUUAGCAGGUACAUUGC